AUGGGAGGAUAUCAUUUAAGACAACAUGGAUUUGCUCCUCUUACACCCAGCACCACCUCCUCCGCCUUUGAUGCUCCGCUUGAACUCCUAGAACUGCACCUGAAAGAACUUGAGGACGCCCUGAGCUCAUUUGCUGAGAAGCAGACGAAGUGGCACCGUGACCGUCGCUCUUGGGAACUGCAGUUCAUCAAAUGGCUAUACACCAAACACCCCGAUUACCUCGUCAACGGCAACAAGAUAACCGAGCGGGACAUUGAAGACGCGGACACCCUUCGUCAAUGUCAUGCCCUACUGCUUCCGUAUUGCUCCCGCUACCAUCCACUCAUGGUUUUAGCGACCGGGAUGACCUAA